AUGGGUGGAAAUCCCCCAAUAACCAUUAUGACAGACCAAGCUCCAUCCAUUGCUGCUGGGAUAAGGAAUGUUUUUCCAGAUGCUAGACAUAGAUUAUGUACGUGGCAUAUUGGGGAGAAUUCAAAGAAGCAUAUUGGGCAGUAUAGAGCUUUAGAUGGUUUUUCUGACAUAUUCAAUUAUCUUCUGAAGUAUUGUGAAACUGCUGCUGAGUUUGAAUAUCAUUGGCCAAGAAUGUUGACUCACUAUAAAUGCGUUGAAAAUCCAUGGUUGAAGAAUUUAUAUACAAUUAGAGAGAUGUGGUGUCCUGCUUAUUCUAAGAAUUAUUGGUCUGGUGGUGUGUUAUCAUCACAGCGUUGUGAAACUACCAACAAGUCAGUUUCCCAUCGACUUGAUAAGACACAAGGGUUAUGUGAUUUUUAUCAUGUUUUUUUGGAUGUUAUUUCUUAUUGGAGGAGCAAAGAGAAUGGUCAUGACUACAGAAAUUGGAAAGGUAGACCAGAAGUUGCAGCUGCAAAUUGCGGAAUUCUUCUUCAUGCGAGAAAGAUUUACACUAUAGAAGCAUAUGUUUUGUUUGAAGAACAAUUUCUUAAAGGGAUGGCAUGUUCUCAAGAAGAAAUACGUGGAAACACAGCUAUAGAGAAAAAUUAUUAUGUGUGGAGGCCUAAAAAAGACUUGAUUAAACAUGAAGUUCGGUUUAACCAAGAGACUUUUGCAGUGGAUUGUACUUGUCAGUACUUUACUGAAAUGGGUUUUUUAUGUUCUCAUGCGCUUCGUGUUUAUCAUGUGCAUUGUGUCCCAGAGAUUCCCAAUCUUUAUAUAUUGAAGAGGUGGACAAAAGCGGCUAUGUGCAGUCAUUUGGUUGAAGAUGAUGGUGAAAAGUCUAAUAUAGUUGCGGCUUCUGUUUGGAGGGCACAGACCCUUAGGAAUUUUGUUAAGCUUGUUAUGUCUAGUCAAGAUUCUCUUCAAGCUAGGACUGAGAAUUUAAGGAAAAAAGGUGAGAGGAAUGACAGAUUGAAGGGUACAGUUGAAAAAAUCUACAAUAAAGCUAAAGGGAAUUGGAGGAGGAGGAAAGCAAAAUUUACAGAUGCAACAAGGUUUAAGGCUCAAUCUGCAGUCAUGGAGUUGGAUGAAGUUGGUGCUCCUGUGAUUUUUUCUAAUUCUCUUAAUGACUCAUCUGAUCUAGUUGUUGAUGCUUCUUUUCCGAAGCCACCUCCAAAAUAUUUUAGAAGAGGUGCUGCUGUUGAUAAAAAUGUGGAAUCAUCGGACAAGGAAAACAAUUCAACAAAUGAAACAUCAAAUGAUUCAUAUGUUCAUGGAAGUACUAAAACCGAUGCAUGUACAAAAGUUAAAGCACCAUUGGCUACUAAAGCACCACCGGCUACUAAAGCACCAUCGGCUACUAAAGCACCAUCGGUUAAUAAAGCACCAUCGGCUACUAAAGCACCAUCGGUUAAUAAAGCACCAUUGGCUACUAAAGGAACAUCAGCCACUAAAGCAAAAAAGGAUCAGCAGAGAUUUGAGUAUAAUAUCUAG